AGUCUGGAUAAACCCUCCUGAAGGCAGCACGUCAAAGAGCCGGGCCAGCAUAUCCAAACAGGGACGUGGAAAACAAGUCCCCCUCCAUGGAGCUUUUCUGAGCACAGGAGACAAGGCACGUCUCCACGUCGCUUACCAGCCAAACCCCGACGCCAGGUAAGCCUGAGCUUUACCUGAAUACCUCCUCUUCUCCCUCUCCUUUCCGUGGUCUAGAGGGACCGCCGAAAUAGCUGAGAGAUCCAGCUAAUAGUGCAGGGUGGAAAAUGCAGAAGGAGGACGAAGAGAGAUCGUGAGGAUCGGAUGGAUAGCAAAGCCAGGCUAGCAUACACCAAGGCAGCCAAUACAUCGUUAAAACUAAGUGAGAACAGUAGAGUAGAAGAAAAUAACACAAAAGUAGUAGAGCGAAACAAACUGCACCCGGCAGCGGCAGAGCCAAACACAGGCGCUAUCAUAACGUAGCUCAACAAUGAAUAACUAGUACAUCAAUUUUACACACGCGCAAAACAAAAACAAUGUUAAUAUCCUUGAGGAAUAUUUUUUUUCUAAACAGAAUCUUAAUGGCAUCUAAUCAAUAUUAAUAUACCUCAAAUGUUAACCGCAUUCACUUCAGAACCACGGACAGCAGCAUUAGCAAUAUUAAUUCAUGUUACCUCGUGUCCAUUUUGUGCUGUUUCCACAAUUCAAGCGCCAAGGUUUACCAGUUAUCCAUCUUUAAGUAAACUUGUGUUUUCCCGAUGCAUUUUCCCUUUCGGUCGGUCAGCUGACUUGUUUUAUCCGGGCUAACUCUCUUACACCACUGAUCUUAACAUCACAGUCACUGCCUGUUUUUCUUAAUAUACUGUUAUUGUGAUCCUAGAAAUUAAACACAAUAGAUUCUCGAUUGUUCUUUUUUCAAGUCCAAAUGACAGUGUUAAAGAUUCUGUAGGCUGAUAUUACUGAAUUUGCACACAUUUGACAGUAAGUUGUCCUGCGGAUGAAUUUUAGAUGAUAUUCUGCAGUUUUAUAGUGCGGACUCUUAGGGCCGCUGUUGACCAGAGUGUUGAGGACUGAGACCAUGUUUGUAGCAGCACCGCCCAUGUAACAUCGACAUUAUAAAGAGGGAACACGACGCACAAAGAUCGAGCGAUUCUGAUCAAGGAGGAUAAAUACUGAAGAAAGAUUUUUAUUUUGGAGAGAUUUGCUUUCGCUGACCGGAAUAUACACUUAGGUUUUGACUUUGGAAUACAUAUCUUCUGUUGUGUGGAAUAUAGUUGUGAAUCCACGUUGAGUGAGAAAUCUGAAAGAACAAUGAAACGGCAGGUACUGCUAUUUGUCUCUCUCCUUUCCCUCGGCCCAGUCUUCGGGCAGGUCAGUUACUCGAUUCCGGAGGAAAUGACUAGAGGCUCUUUAGUUGGAAGUAUAGCACAGGAUUUAGGUUUAGAAAUUAAACGUUUAAUAUCAGGAAAAGCCAAGAUCUAUAGCAGAAAUAGCGACCAAUACAUCGAGCUGAAUAGAGAAAGAGGAGUCCUCCUCAUCAAGGAGAGAAUAGACAGAGAGGCGCUGUGCACAGAGACAGUGCUUUGUGCUUUACAUUUUCAGAUCCUUUUGGAGAAUCCGAUGGAAUUUUAUACGGUUACAGUCCAGAUCACAGACAUCAAUGAUAAUGCACCAACCUUUGAAAAAAGCGAAAUGAAUUUCAAAAUUAGCGAGUCUGCAACUGCCGGCUCAAAAUUUGUUUUGGAACGGGCUGUGGAUCUUGAUGUUGGUAUUAAUGCGGUUCAAAACUAUGAUUUAAAGUCGACCAACAAUUUUGCUCUGAGACUGCACAGUAACCCCGAUGGACAGAAAAACGUUGAGAUGGUACUGCAGAAACCUUUAGACAGAGAGAAACAAGAGCAGAUAUCCCUCGUGUUAACAGCUGUAGAUGGAGGAGAGCCACAGAUGUCAGGAACAAUGCAGAUUCUCAUUACAGUUUUAGACGUUAAUGAUAAUGCGCCGGUUUUUACACAGCAAACAUACAAAGCUACAGUCACUGAGAAUUCACCUAAAGGAACAGUUGUUGCUACUGUUACAGCGUCAGACGCAGAUCAAGGUUCUAACAGUAAAAUAACAUAUUCAAUCACAAAUACGUUAGGUAACGUAAAGAAAAUGUUUGAAGUAAACACAGAAAACGGGCAAGUUUCAUUGGUUGGAACCAUUGAUUUUGAAAAAACAAAACGCUUCCAAAUAAAUAUAGGAGCAAGUGAUGAGGGGGGACUCACGGAUUCUUGUAAACUGAUUGUUGAUAUUCUGGAUGUAAACGACAAUAAACCUGAAAUCAACAUAAUGUCCAAAUCAACUGUGAUAUCAGAGGAUGCAAUCUCAACACAGUAGUAACAAUGAUAAAUGUUGAGGACUUAGAUUCCGGAGACAGUGGGGUCGUGAAAUGUUUAUCAAGAAAAUGACCAUUUAUUAUAAAAUCAUCACAAAUAAUUUCUAUACCUUAGUAACAGACAGUGAUUUAGACAGAGAGAGAGCCUCUGAGUAUAACAUCACUGUGACCUGCUCUGAUGAGGGAGUGCCCUCCCUCUCCAGCAGCGUCACUCUCACCUUACAGAUCUCAGACGUUAAUGAUAACGCACCUGUCUUUGAGAGGAGCUCAUAUGAGGCCUACAUUGUAGAAAACAACACACCAGGUCUCUCUAUAUUCACAGUCAAAGCCACAGACGCUGACUGGAACCAGAAUGCCCGUGUUUCUUACAUACUGGAGGACUCCUCCGUUAACGGAGUGCCAGUC